AUGCAAUCAGCACAAGAAUCAGAGCAAGAAGCAGCUAGUGGAUCAGAUCAUGAUAUUGAUAAUCAAUCAGUCAAUAAUACCCACAAUAAUUGGACAAAGAAUGAGAAGAAUUUAAUUGAAAAAUUUCAAACACAAAUGAAUUAUAGAAUCAUACCAUUUACACCAGGGUCAGGACAAAACACUGUUAAUGUACCAUUAAAAACAUCUCCAGAAAUGCGUUCAAAGAUACAAAAUGGUCUAGAUCAUAUUCCAUAUAUUGAAACCAAAACUAAACCAUUAAAAUUCUAUAAUCUAAAACGUCAUCAGUCAUCAGAUUAUAAAAAUUCACCAUUCAUAAGAACAUGUAAAGAGGCCAUUCCAGUUAAAGCAUUUUACUUUAUGAGAUCCGAAGAAAGAUCGAGUCCUUUAUUAUUGAGUGACGCUGGUGGUCAUAUCUUGAAUUUGUUCCUUUAUUUUAGACCAGCUGCAAACGAUUCAAUAAAAUCAGAAUCAGAUCUAAGAAGACACUUGAUUGAUUCAUUCACACGAAUCAUACUUGAUUAUUAUGUUAAGAAAGAUGAAUUGGAAAAUUCAAAUAGAAGUCAAGAUAUAUUAAAUUCCGCACUGGGUUAUUCAUCAGGUGAACAUGAUUCUUAUAGGUUUAAGCCAAAUGAAUCCAGGCCUCUAUUAUCGAAUGGAAUUAAAGGUUUCAAUAAAUUGAAACUAUGCUUUGCAUUCCUUCCCAAUAAAGAACCACUUUUACAAACUUUAGAGACUUUCAUCAAUAUAUUAACUUUUGGGGGUGAAUUCAAAGAAAUCGAUGCGUUUGCUUAUUCCUUUGAGAAUGAUACACAUGAAGCUUUUGUUAUACAUGGUCGAAAUUUGAAUGAUGACGAUGAGAAUGACAUGACUCAACUUUCUAAUUUGAUGAACAGAUUUUUAUAUAGAUCAACUACGAAUUCGUCAUUAAAUAGAUCAAAUGAUUAUCCAUCUUCAAAUACUCCAAUCUGCUUUAUUCCAGGUAUAUCAACUUAUGAGUUAGUUGAUCCUCCACCACCAUCGUAUCAAAAAUAA